GCUUACUAGAGUGAUUCUUGUUAGGAAAUGACAACUUUGUGAUCUACGACAUAUACGAAAAUGAAAGUAAGUGUAUUUUUUAUGCAUAAUUCUCAUUAUACUUAUCACACGUGUGAUCAAUUACAGUGUCGAUCGAAAAAUUGUAUCCGACUUGAACCGUGCGCAAUCGUGUUUCUCUUGUCGUAUCCAAUUGAGAUUGUGAUCGAUUGACGCAACACUCUGCCGUGUUCGUUUUUAUUUUGUGCGUGCGUCUGGGUUCUCCCCAACACACACGCGUACGCGUUCGGUUGCGUUCGGUUUCGUGCAGUUUUAUCAAGAAACUGUACGCGAAGUACCGUGCGUCAUUACAAGGAAACAUCGCGACAUAAAUUCUUCAGAAGCAAUAAGAACUUCGUAAAAACUCAAAUACCGUGUAUUUCGGUGAUAAUGCGAUAACAACAUAAAGAGAGUUAAAAGACGCGAGAGAUGAUAAGCGGGUAUAAGAUAUCUCGAGUUUUCCGCUCGGUUGAAUAAAAAAUAAUUCGCGAACUGUCAACGUUUCUGUCAAUGUUCGGAGCGUCUUCUCGUCGUCGGCAUCGCUUACAUCGUCAUUACAUCGAUCCGAUGGCGAGUAAAGAAUGGAAUGAUGACAUUGCAUACGCGAUGAAUCAUGUAAAAUGGAUGACGUGGCCGGUAGGUUUCUGGCCGCUACAGGUUUACGAUACGUUUUCGCUAAUACGAUGCAUUUGGUCUAUUGUGGCCUCGGCUUUAAUGUCGAUAUUGCCUACGCUUGAAAUUUACUUCGGCUGCACCAACCCGGAGAAGAACACAGACUGCAUCAUGUUUAUUUCCGCCGGAAUUAUGGGAGUGGCGAAGAACACGUGUUUUCGAAUUUACUUAAAGAACUUGACGAGCAACUACGUCUCCGUCGUGAAAGAUUAUCAAACCGUCAAAGAUCCGAGCGAUUUGUCCGUUAUGAAAAAACACACUCACCUAGGAAGACUUUUGUUCUAUUUUAUGACUACGUUCUCAUUUCCGAGCUGCAUGUUGUACAUAUUGAUUCCCUUAAUGAUUAACAGAGAAUAUCUGAAUACCGUGACCAACAGAACCAUGCUGAUAUAUCCGGUUCCGGCGGAGUGCGGUAUGGAUCAUCUCUAUCCUUCGAGAAUCAUGUACAAAAUUCUUUACUUCUUCGUUGGUUUCGCGCUACUUUCUUCGAAUCAGGCGAAUAUCGGUAAUAGUUCUAUUUUUUGA